GGGGAGCAUGUGGGGGACUUUUGGGAUAGCAUUGGAAAUGUAAAUGAAAUAAAUACCUAAUUAAAAAAAAAACAGAGAAAGCUUGAAUCCGAACUCAAAUAUUUAAAACUCUGAAACCUAUCACUUCUUUUUAACAGUUCUUUCUUUCCCUACAGGCAGAGGGGUCAGGGUGGUUCCAAUAGGAGCCAGAGAGACAAAGGUAAAGAAAACCUUACUGAGGUCAAGCUAGACAUAAAGGCUCUUGAAGUAAAUGAAUUGUUCUCAUUCAUUCAUCCACUUUUUUGAGAAACAGUUCAAAUGCUUGACAUUAGGUAUGCAUAAGGAAAACUACUAUAAAUAACCACUGGCCCCUCGAGUGUGUGGAGGAUGGUAGAAACACCGACAGAGUUGUUCAAGAUGUUGGCACCUGGGCAUCUAGAAUGAGUCACAGAUCCUGUUAUGUAAGUUGGGGAUCUGUGGUUCAAGGUAAUGCUUGUUGCUGGUUUCCUGUGUGAUUACAGGUUAGCUUAGAUGCUUUUCCAGAAAAUAUGGCCCCUUCAAGGCCCGAGUAAACUUCUGACCUCAAUCUGUAGCCUUAUACUGCAAGUAUUGGAGACAAAGAACUCAAAAACUCCAAGAAGAAAAUUCUUCUCUAGCAGAAGAGGACAUGGGCGGAAUGAUAAUUUAACCAGGCUUACAAAGUUGGAAGCACCUGCAAUGCAGAAAGUUUUAGGGUAUGUCUAAUUUUUAUUUGUGAACAAUGGAACUUAAAUCCAGAGAAAGUCAUAGGGUUGAUUGUAUCAUUGACAUAAUAAAUGACCAAGCCACCAUCAAUCCACUGCCACUCUCCGCCACUGAAGUGUAUUUGUGUUUAUUUUUAUAAACUUAAAUUAAAACAUAGGAAUUAAAAGUGAGUUUGCAUUUUUUUUCCUCCUCUCCAGCUCCGGUGCCAUAGCCAUCAUGAAUGACACAGUAACCAUCCGGACCAGGAAGUUCAUGACCAACCGUCUGCUUCAGAGGAAACAGAUGGUCAUUGAUGUCCUUCAUCCUGGGAAGGCAACAGUACCAAAGACAGAAAUUCGGAAAAAGCUGGCCAAAAUGUUCAAAACCACACCAGAUGUCAUCUUUGUAUUUGGAUUCAGAACCCACUUAAGUGGUGGCAAGACCACUGGCUUUGGCGUGAUCUAUGAUUCUUUGGAUUAUGCAAAGAAGAAUGAGCCUAAACACAGACUCGCAAGACAUGGCCAUUAUGAGAAGAAAAAGACCUCCCGAGAACAGCGAAAGGAACGAAAGAACAGAAUGAAGAAGGUCAGGGGCACGGCGAAGGCCAAUGUUGGUGCUGGCAAAAAGCCAAAGGAGUAGGUCUGCAGUGAUUUGAUGUUUUGCUGUGACAUGCAGAUUUCUGAGAGGACAAAUAAACUAAAAAGCUUCUUUUUAAAAAAAAGUAAGUUUGCAGAAAACUUUAUAGUAAUCUAAAAACUUGAUCUUUUUUCUGUCAACCAAUAUUGAUUUUUUUACACAAAUAUUGAACAUAAUAAAUUGGGAAGGCAGAAAUGAUUCUUUUCUGCAUAUGGGCUGUAAAGCACUGAUUCAUGUAGUACAGUCUCUGAGGGAGUCUCUUGUUGGAUGUCCAGGCUGGUCUGGCUGCCUUAGUUGCAUCUCCAGCUGUAGCAUCUGGAGACUCUGGCAUGGGCAGAACAGUGUUCCUUUCUCUCUUCUCCAUCCCUGUCUCCUGGUUCCAUGGAAAUGAUGCUGCUAUUGAGCUAUAGAGUUUUGACUGUGACUAUCCAUUGGGGCCUGAUGGAGUCACCACUGGUUAUACAGCUCCUGAACCAGUAGUCUUCUGUAUGCCAGUAAGAAACACACUGAGAAGGAAAUCAGAACAAUAAAUUCUAUUCAAGAUAGACUCAAAACAAGGCACCCAGGAAUAAAUUUAACCCGAGGGAUGGAAAGCCUCUCUAAUGAAAACAAUAAAAUACUGAAGAAAGCAGCUGAAGAAGACGCCAUGGAUCAUCAGAAUAAUAUGGUUAGAAUGGUUGCAUUGUCAUGAGUGAAAAAAACAGCAUGUUUAAUAAAUGCUGCCUUGGAGACACCAAGAUUCUCAAGAUGCCAGAGCCAUAGGUUAUCUCUUGAGGUAUGCUGCUAAAAGGGAAUGGAACCAGCCCAAGAAAAGAAGUUUGUUGCAGUCAACAAAGAGGAAAAAGGUGUUGGAGAUCUGAAAACUGUUUUGACAUCAGACAUGGAGAUGCAGAAUUUGGAGUUUGCCCAGCUGGUUUCCUGUCCUGCUUUGGGGAUUAUAGUUAAGUGAUUGAAUGGAUCUCAGAAGAGACUUUGAACUUUGGACUUUUAACAUUGUUGGGACUGCUAUAGACUAUGGGGACUUUAGAAGCUGGGCUAAAUGUACAUUUUAUUAUGCUAUGACUAGAUAUGGCCCCUAUAGACUUAUAUUU